AUGUAAUAAUAAAAGAAAUCUCAACCUCCCGCUGUUUUAAAUAGAACAAGAUCUCUUGGAAAACAAUAAUAAUAAAAGCCAUAAUAAUAAUAACAAUAAUAAUAAUAAUAACAAUAACCUAAAUAAGGAUUUACUUAGCUUCCAAGUUAAAAGUUAACAAGUAUUAAAACAGUUGAUCCUUUCUCUGAUAAAUCUAAAUAAAAAACGUAGAAAUAUAUUAAUAAUAAAGAAAUUCAUUUGCUUAUGUUUAUAAUGCAGGUGGAAUACCAUGUAGAGUUAAUCAUGGUUGUAAUACUAUGAAAUUAUAAUGGAAUUAAGGAGUUGAAAUUAGUCAUUUACCUUAUGAUCCAUUAAUGGUAACAUGUUUUGAAGGAUUGAUUGAAGAAGCACAUCCAUAUUGUUUAAUUGCUACUCAUGCAAUAAAAGAUAUGCUCAAUGAAUAAGUUUUAAAUUUAAAUUUUAUAAUCUUUUAGAAUGCUCAAGAAAAAGUCAUACCUAUUCUAACAAAAUUAGUUUGGCCUUUAAGAACUGCCUUAUCUAGUUAAAAUGAUAAAGUUUUUAUGUCCUCUUUGGAAAUUUUAAAGUAAGUCUUAUUAUGACUGAAUUCAGAUUACUCUCCAAUACUGUAGGUUCUCAUCUUAAUACUCAUCUUAAAAAUCUCCUAGUUCCAUUGAGUAAAAGAAUGGAUAAAAAGAAUUAGAAAGAAAUUAUACAAGAUGUUUUAAGAUAAAUACAAGAUAAUGGGGUAUUGAUAUUAUAUCAUUAUUUAAAAGGGACCAGAAACAUUGAAAUUAAUCAAAGUAGCUAUUCCUACUUAUACAAAUAUGUGA